AUUGCAGGCAUCGUAUUUUUUUCAGAGUUAUGCAGUUAUUAUACGGGUUCAUAUUGCGUGACGAGACAAAUAUAGGUGUUUUGUUUGGGAGACGUGCUUGUGAGGUGUAUCUCGCGUUAGAAACAUCGCACGCAUUAAUAGCGGGUAAAUAAAGCUUCCUUAUAUAAAUCUGGAUGAAAUUGGCAUUAUGUGCUUGUGCUGACUUGGAGAAUUUUCAAUAACUGCCAUAAUGACUGAUAACUUAAGCCCUUUCGUGUACUGGGCACAAACGGAGAAUUGUGUGACACUGAAGGUUGAUUUAAAAGAUGUAAAGGAUCCACAAAUAAAACUUACACCAAAUAAACUACAGUUUUCUGCCCAUGGCCAGGGUGCUAAAGGACCACACAGCUACUCAUUUUCAUUGGAUUUCCACUCUCCUAUUGAUAAAGAGGGUAGUAACCAUAAGAUAUCUGACAGACAAGUGGAUUUCACUUUGAAAAAAGAAAAUGAUGGCUGGUGGCCGCGACUUACAGCAAAACCUCAGAAACCAGCAUGGUUAAAGAUUGAUUUUGAUCGUUGGAAGUCAGAAGAUGAUGUCGAUGAUGACACCCCAAGAGAUAUCAGAGGAGAUUAUCCAGAUCUUUAUGACAAAUUGCAAAAAGAAGAAAUAGGAUACAGAAAAGAAGACAUGAAGAAGGUUUAUUUGGCCUUAUAUAACUUGGUUCAAUUUGUUGGUUUCACAUAUAUCCUGACAGUGAUGGGAAUUCGAUAUUAUCGUGAUGGACCAAAUUCCAUGGAAGGAACUUACCAAGCUGUUGGAAGUGCAAUGAAAUUCUGUCAGCUUAUGCAGUUUAUGGAAAUUAUGCAUCCACUAUUUGGUUACACCAAAGGAGGAAUAUUAGCACCAAUGCUGCAGGUUUCAGGAAGAGGAUUUGUGUUGUUUGCCUUGAUUGAUGCUGAAGAACGAAUGCAAGAGAAACCAGUUAUUUUUUACUUAUUCUUUAUCUGGAGUGCCAUAGAAGUUGUAAGAUAUCCAUAUUACAUAUCUCAAGUGUACAAAACAAACUUACCAGUUUUAACAUGGCUGCGGUACACAAUGUGGAUCCCGCUGUAUCCACUAGGAUUCCUUUGUGAAGGAAUAAUUAUGUUAAGGAACAUUCCAUACUUUGAAGAGACUCAGAAGUUUACAGUUUCUCUUCCAAAUUCAUUAAAUUUCGCAUUCCAUUUCCCUACUAUGAUACGUGUUUAUUUACUGGUCCUGUUUUUCCCAGGGCUGUACACAGUUAUGUCUCACAUGUAUCGGUCUCGAUUGCGCAAGCUUGGGCCAAAAAAGUGGAGAUCGAAACUACAGUGAAUACGAAGCAUCAAACACGAGAAUGGUGAUGGUGGCAAACGGUUAUAUGAAAGUUGGAAGGGAUACUGUGGUGGUGUAAUAUUGGACCUGUGAUCAUUUUCAGUGCUAGUCAUUUUGUACAUCAAACUAUUGUAAGCAACCAAUGAUUAAAAAUAAAACUGUCAUUUCA